CCGCCGCCGCCCCUCCGUACGCUCGUCAGCUGGACACGGACCGUGAGUCAGCCGCUACACCGCGCUUCUCUCUCUCUCACCCCCCCCCCCUCAAUGUUUGGGAAGGAGUGAAUGAGCAGGCAGCCCGUGCUGAUGCUAGAGACCGUUAGCCAGCCUCAGCUGGGUGGACCGGGAGAGCGUUAGCCAGCUUCAGAGACACGGAGUGAUAGCCUGCUUCAGCUUCAGUGAUCCGGAGACCGUUAGCCAGCUUCCGACUGGAGUCCAGCCGCUGACUGAACAUAGAAGGGAAAGAAAAAAAAAACAUUUAUAAAAUAAACCAACAAGGAGGAGGAAUACAAAGAGAAAACUAACAGAAGAGGAGGUUCCCCGGUUCCCCCGCCCUGCGCGCCCAGUGGGGGGUGGGCUUUCGGGAGGAUGCCGGGUUUGGCCGGCGGGGUGCGGCAGGACCGGCUGAAGAAGGGGUGCAGCCGAGCGGCCGCCCCGGGACUCUUCACCAUCACCGAGGAAGACGAGCAGCAGAAGAGCAGCAGCGCGCCGAGCAGGAGGCGGAGAGGCGGUGGCAGCAGCAGCUCACAGCCCAAAUCGGAGGAGGACAGGAAACCACCCUGCCGCCCUCCUUCCUCCGGGACGGGUCAGAACAGCAACAGCAGCAACGCUGGCAGCAAACCAGAGCCGCUGGUGUUAAAGAUUGAUGAACGGCAGAGGCUCGCUCGCGAGCGCAGGGAGGAGCGGGAAAAACAGAUCGCGGCGCGGGAGGCGGCCUGGCAGGAGCGGGAGGAGCGGGCCAAGCAGUACUAUGAGAGACAGCUGGAGGAGCGGCGGAGGAGGCUGGAGGAGCAGCGGAUCAGGGAGGAGAGGAGGCGCACCGCCGUGGAGGAGAAGAGGAGACAGAGGCUGGAGGAGGAGAAGGUGCGGCACGAGGCCGUGAUGCGGCGGACCCUGGAGAGGAGCCAGCGAGCCAAGCCGAAGCCCAACCGCUGGUCCUGGGGCGGGCCGCUGCACGGAAGCACCGCCCACACCAGUGGUUUUGUUGAGUCCUCUUUCCUCUUUCCUCUCGAUCUCGCCGGCCUGGAACAGCACUUCCAGGGCGCGUUCAGUUCCGUUCGCAGAUACGAUGCAGAGAGGAGGUCAGUUUCCACCGUGAACCUUUCCAAACACGCAGAUCCAGUCAUUACUAAGCGGCUGUCAUCCUCCUCAGCAACCCUCUUAAGCUCUCCAGACCGAGCCUUACAGAAAUGGAGCCCCUCCUUAAAAAAAGCUCAGUCUAAACCCCGCGUCUUCAAAGAGAAGACCCCUCGGCACACGUCCUCAGCCUCGCGGCGGUUACCGUUGACCCCCUGGGAGAGCAGCAUGGUGAAUCGUCUGCUGACCCCGACGCACUCCUACCUGGCCCGGAGCAAGAGCGCUGCGUCGCUGUCCGGGGAAGCAGUCAUCCCCGUUUGUCCUCGCUCAGCUUCCUGUCACCCCAUGUCCUCCACGUCCUUCAAGUCCCUGCAGUGCCGGAGCGCGGAUCGACCGCGCACAGCCCUCUCCAGCCUGGACAGCGUGCACCGCCGCAGGACCGCCAGCCCCGCCACGGGGAACAAACGAGACAAAGACUACGUGCGGAAGUCUUGGAGCAACCUCUCCGUUGCUCCCCCUCCUGAGGGAAGGAGGUCAUGGUGUCCAGGCAACCAAAGGAACAGAGCCACACUGCCCUCACCUGUGCGAGCCACACACAAGGGAGCCCCGCGGCCCGCCACCCCAAAGCAGGUGAGGUCCCCGCCCACAGGGGAGGAGACUCCCUCGCCGGGUCGGCCCCUUUCCCCCGGGAACGUUCGGCCUGUGAGGGCGGAGCCACAGAGUCCGCAGAAGGAGGAGGAGCCAGAGAAGAAGGAGGAGGAGGAGGAGGAGCUACAGAAGGAGGCGGAGAUUCGAACCCAAGGCAAAAUGAACCCCAACGCAGAGUCUGCAUCACCAUCCAAAGAGCCGCCCAGCGCAGACUCCGCCCCUCCCUCCACCCCGCCCUCGGCCCCACCCUCCACCCCACCCUCGGCCCCGCCCUCUCUGGCCACGCCCCCCAGCGGAGGGAGGCCCUCGGCGGGCACCACGGACCCCGAGGAGGCCACCCGCCUGCUGGCGGAGAAGAGGAGGCAAGCGCGCGAGCAGAGGGAGAGGGAGGAGGAGGAGAAGAGGCAGAGGGAGGAGGCGGAGAGGAGAGGAAGAGAGGAGAUGGCGCGCAGGAAGGCGGAGGAGAGAGCCCGGCGGGAGGAGGAGGCUCAGCGUCUGGCGGAGGAGAGGAGGAAGAGGGAGGAGGAAGAGAAGCGCGCCGAGGAGGAGAGGCUGCAGAGGGAGCGAGAGGAGGCCGAGCGCCUCCAGAAACAGAAAGAGGAAGAGGAGGCUCGCCAGAAGGAAGAGGCGGAGCGGCUGAGGAUGGAGAGAGAGAAGCACUUCCAGAAGCAGGAGGAGGAGCGCUUGGAGAGGAAGAAGCGACUGGAAGAGAUCAUGAAGAGGACUCGGAAGUCGGAUCCCGCAGAGAAGAAAUCUGUUCCUCACAGGAACGGAGAGUUCUCUGAGCCGAAAACAGAGCUAACGGCGUCGACUCCACAACUCACGCCACCGUCCGUGACCGUGACCAGCGCGGAGGAGGACCCAGACUUGGAGCACGGCGAUCGAAACGGACACCGAGUCCACGGACACUUCGCUCCCGCGCUACCUACGAUAGCUGAGAGUUCCUCAGCAACCGAAGCCCAACCAAAAGAGAACGGGGUCCCGGCGCAGAGCGACGUGUUCGAGGAGGUGAUCGAGCUGCCGGUGGGGACCAGGCUGUCCCGGCUGGAGGACGAUGACCUCAUCCCCGUGGUGGCGUUCCGGGAGAACGGCUCCCUCCGGCCGCUGGCCAGCCUCGAGGAGGUGCAGGCGCGCCAGCGGGCGGAGCCACCCUAGGUGCCUUGUAGGUAAGCUGUGAGUUGACAUUCCUGUGCAGAUGUUAUCUGAGAGCCUGUACUGGAGGAGAUGGAUAGCUGUACUAAGAUUUGCCCGCCUACCCUUCCCUGGUGAAUGAGGCAGCCAUUUUCCUAAACUGGCACUUUUGAGAGGACACUUGAAAACACCGUUUUUUUUUUUGUUGACGGAGGACUUUAAAACUAAAAAACGAAACAAAAAACUAAUUUUUUCCCCCUAUUUCAGUAGUCAAGGUGACCACUCUCUCCAGCUGAUUGCGCUUCCGUGUGCUUUUCGUGUUUAGACGGCUUUCCCUCCUCACUCUCGAGAAAACUGGCCACACAAGAUGGACGCCGUGUUUUGUGAUCACGCUUGGCGGCUGGGAAUACCUUGUCUUUCCCUUCAGUUUUUUUUUUUUUUUGGGUGUUACUAAUAACUGUACUUUGAAAAUCAGCUGUCAUGUCCUCUUAUCUAAUACUUGAAUUCCUCUUCACUGUAGACAUAGUGAACGAUGAAGUAGCCUAUGCUAACAAACCUAGCGGUGAAGGUCGAGCGAAGGACGCUGGGGCAAAAACGCAGUUUUUCUCUCAGUAAACCAAGAAUCGUGCACAUACUGCUGAUUUCACAUAGUUUUUUAAAAUCUCUGUAAAAUAUAAAUAGUUCAUAAAUUCUUUUGUUAAGCUUUCAGCUUUAAGCCCCCCAUCACCCCUUAUUGCAUUUGGGACGUCCCAUGUGUCAUAAGAAGCAGCUUGGCAAAUGAAAGAUUGAAAGCUCCGAACUUAAGAUUUCAGUUGUUUUAGAAUAAUUUCAAAUGUGUGAGUAUAAGGAAAAGUGUAUUGAAUCACUCUGUUGAGCUUCUGUUGAAUUUCUGUUGAAUUCUGUUUUCUAUCCAACUUCCAGUUUUCCACCCCCAACUUCCUGCAUUUCAAACUUUCAUUUGAAAAGCAGCUCCUUACCAAGUAUCUUGGCUAUAAUAAGGGGUGGUGGUCUUUGUUGCUUUGGCGAGGUAGCCACAAAAUGUGUCGAAUAUGGAUUUGCGUACCCAAAUUUUUGUAUGAUUGUGGAAGUAACAUGAUCCAACAGAUUUAUAAUCUGUCCAAAAAAAAAAAAAAAAAAAAGAUGAUUAAAUUUUGUUUCGCGCUGCUAUUUAGUAACCUUUCCUUUGCCUUACCGGAUCAUGAGAAUAUGAGAUUUGAAUGAUUUGUGAAAGUCGACACUUUUGCUCGUUUAAGAGCACGCAACUUACAAUGGACAUGGACUUUGAGCAAAAAACAAAAAAAAACAUUAUAUUGCAUUCCGAAAAAUGUGACUUCCACAUAGCUAUUUUCUUCAGGCUGAUCAUUUGUUUUUGGCAACACUUGAACUCUUUUCCAACACUAGGCAUCGCUGCUACUGAAGCAUGGUUUUCAAACUUUGCUCUUCUGGACCAGUUCCACGCCAGAGUCGUUUCAGGCACAGUGAAACUUCUUUGUGCGGGAACAAAUGACACUGGCAGGCCACAUUGCCGGUACCUCGAAUUUGAGAUAUUGAAACAUUUGUGCAGGGAUUAUUUACUUCUAAAGUGAAGUAUGCAGAGGUAAGAUGCAUAGAAAUAAAUAUAUGAAGACUUCUCUCCCUCUCUCAUAUAUAUAUGUGUGUGUGCGUGUUUGUGUGUGUGAGAGAGAGAGAGAGCAACAGAGAGAAAUCCAGAUGUGUAUAUUUUAUUAAAACUGAUUUAAAUAAAGCUUUAGAAACGAAGGGGAAACACUGGAAUCCAUUCACUGUAAAGUCGGAGGAUCACAGAAGUGGUUUGUUUUGGUACUAAACUGUGCUGGGAUUCUCCUGAGCCGGUUCCGUCUUGUGUUUCCUUCGUGAUCCACUCCUGUCCAUGUUCAUAGGAAUUCUAUUUAAUGAGACCUUUCUGUCAAUAUAUAAAUAAAUAAAUUUAAAAAAAUGAAAUAAAAAAUAAAAAAACGUUGUAGUUUUCGACCAUUCGAUCUGUAUAGCAUGUAAAAAAACGCAAUAAAUUUUGUUUGGAAAAACCCUA